AUGAAUGAUUUUUAUGAUAAUGAUUCUAAUUGUAAUCAAUCAAAUUCAGCACAUAUUACUGUACAAACUUAUGAAGUUAUACCAAUAUCAACAAAAUUAGGUAUCAUUGAAUGGCUUGAUAAUACACGUCCAUUAAAAGAAUUUAUUGAGGCAAAUUAUGCACAAGCUAAACAUGAUAUUAUUUCACAAGCUAAACCAACAACUAAAUCAACCAGUAAUACAAUUAUGUAUGCUGAAUUAUUUAUUAGUUUAACAAAAGCACAAGUACAAGACGAAUUUAAUAAAAUUCAAUCUGUUACACCUAGUGAUUUACUUCGACGUGCUUAUUAUAAAAUGACUAAUUCAUAUGAAGGAUUUGAUACAUUACGUAGACAAUUUAUAACAAGUUUUGCUGUUUUAUGUACAAGUCAUUAUAUUCUUAGUAUUGGUGAUCGACAUCAAUCGAAUUUUCUCAUUGAUACAUCAUCAGAAUAA